UUGACAGCAGUGACGUUUAAAACGUACAAUGUUGUUGUAUUUGAUUCUUGCGAUUAUUUUUGCACGCGUUGUCAGUCAGGACGAAGAAGACGGUAAUUUUACCGACUUAACACGAUGUAAAUUAAGUCACUUAGGCUUAGAGUACUUAGGUGACAUCGCUAAAACCGAAUCGUGGAUUAGAUGUCAGUCGUGGACAUCAAAUAGCCCUCACGCUAUCCCCGCCACCAUAAUAGAUGAUAAUUUCCCCGAACACUCCCGAAAAAAAGCCAAAAACUAUUGCAGAAACCCCACUAAGGAUCCCAAUGGGCCGUGGUGCUACUCGAUGAGUUUGGACCUAAAAUACGACACUUGUGGCAUCCCGUUAUGUUCGGUAACCGACUGUAAAAUCACGGGUCCUGGUAUGGAAUAUGCUGGUGACUACAAAAAAGGCCUAUCAGACAGAAAAUGUUUAAAGUGGAACAAAGACCGAAGCAAAGUUAAAGAUAAAGGAGAAUACGUGUCGUACGACAAGUUCAAGAAAACCCGUUUCCCUGAAGGCGACGUAUCAAAAGCGAAAAAAUAUUGCAGAAACCCUAAUGGUGACGUCGGAGGCCCGUGGUGUUUCGUAGAAAACGAAGAUACCGACGAGAUUGAAAAAGAGUACUGUGAUAUUCCGUUUUGUCAAAUUUCAGAUUGUGAAGUGUUUACUAGAAAUACCCCAAAUUAUACUCAUUUCACGGAUUUUAAUAACACUUUGUCACAAUUUAGUUUCGGGGUGAAACUAUGGGACUCCGACGCGUACUCAAACGCGAAUGCCACUUUAACACUAUCGGUGGUAGCUUUACCCGUGACGGGCCAAGAAAUGCGGGAUUUGGGUACAGGCCUUGAAAUUUUUCUUUCAAAUAAAGGCAGUGCCCUAACUUUCGGAAACAAAGACACACCGGAGUAUGAGGACACCCCCGGUAUUUUAAAAUCGACGAGUUUUACAAUGUUCACGUUGUCGUGGACGGCCCCUUUUAUCACUCUAUCGUACGAAGGCCAAAUCAAACCCAUCUUUUUAGCCGAGUACAGAACAAAAAAAAACUUACUCGGUGAACGCAAAAACAAGUUCAAUUUUUACUCAGCUCGGGGUACUAAAGUCAUGUGGACUUUCCCGUUUUGUAUGGACGAUUUUGGUUGUGACGUCCAAACUACCACGGGACCUCAAUGGCAGCAGUUCUGGCCUUUGCAAAGUAGCGAAGUUGGACAAGAACUAACAUUUCAGUUGCGGGCGUUUCAUUCAGCGUAUUUGCUUUUUGUACCAAGUCCGGCCGUAGAUUACCCCAGUGUUAAAUUCAUGCUUCAACAUGAUAACCAAAUGUCGCGAAUUACGGUUAAUGUUAAUAAAAACUCCGAAGUUGUGGUUAAAGAAUUGGAACUACCUGCGAUUCUGGACUAUUGGAAUUGGCACGAAUUCUCGAUUGCUUUUUUUGCCGACACCAUGCAGUUCUACUGGACGAAAACUGAAGGCACGAAUAUGAUUUUUGAAAUACAGCAUGUGUUAUUCAAGAACGUGCUUUGGUUUUCGCCGAGUUCUAAUUCUAUAGCUCAUUGGACCUUCUUUUGUGUGCCACCGGAAGUUUCGAAGCCACCGGCGCCUCUUUUGCCUGAAUGUGCGCUAAAUAGGGAAGAAGGGGACUAUAAAGGGACUCAGGAUGUUACGAGUGAGGGAAUGCCGUGUUUGCCGUGGUCCAGUACUAAAAUGGUACCCGAAGAAGGUAAUGAUUUUCCGGAAAAUAGUUCUUUAAAAGCGUGGAAUUACUGUCGUGAUCCUUCCCAAGAAAAAAGAGGGACUUAUUGCUACACGUUCAACAGAUACAAAACAAUCGAAAAGAGUUACUGCCAUCUUAGAAAAUGCAAAUCUGAAGAUUGCAAAAUGGCGGGCUCUGGUAAUGAUUAUGUAGGGACUUUGUCUACAACGCGUUCGAAUAGAUCAUGUGAAUAUUGGUUUUCAAAUACGACUGUUCACCCGGUGGAACAACAGUACUUAAGUGAAACACUAUAUGCUGACCUUUUUCUUAAUUAUACAGAGAAUCAUUGCCGAAAUCCAGCGCGCGAUAUGGGUGGUAGUUGGUGCUAUACAAACGACGCGGAUGUUGAUAAAGACAUGUGUAACGUCAGAGAUUGUGACAGACCUGAGGAAAAUAUCAUUAUUCUUGGAGGGGCCACGGCAGGCCGGAAAAUCUAUAUACUUCCGCAGUGGAAAAUCACCGGUCUCGAAUUUGGAAUAAAACAGUGGAACCCAGAUGUUACCGAAGGUAUACAAUUUAAUUUUUACCCCAGACAAGGAAAUAACAAGUUCGAGCUAGUUAUGGCAGCGAAUGGCAACGAGAAGAUGUUUCUUUACUACAAAAACAACAUCAUAAAACAGAAAACUCUCAUUCAUUUGAUAGGGUCAGGGAAAUGGACUGAUUUUUGGUUACUAAUGCGAAAAGGUGAAAUCUCGAUAGGUUUCAAAGGAGUACCUAAUAGCUUCUUCGAAUACAUCAGUGACGAAGUUUUCGACCCCAUGUUUCUAUCUUUCGGGACAGUAGAAGGUAACCCGAUUGGGUUUUUUCUUCAAAGUGACCAGUGUUACACCGAGAACGUUACCUCCAGCGAUUUCACCAAAACAAUGCCCAUUGGUUUAUGGUCCACCACACAGAACCCCAUCUAUCGCAAUUUUAGUCUCCUGAUUCGCGGAGACGGAAUCGUCGUACUACCUCUAAUGACCCUCCCGAGCAUCCUACUCCCCUACAACCUGAAAAUCGACUCAAGAAAGAAAGAAAUUUCCAUAAGUCACGAUAACAACGUUUUGGAAAGACACCCCGUGAAUGAAGGUGUAUUCACUCACGAUAAGUGGAGCCACUUUCUGAUCAGCUUCAACGAAAACUACUUGAACGUUACUAAAGAAAACCAGACAGUGUUUAUGUUUUACAGUAUGAAACCGCUUCUCUUCUACUGGUUUUCUUUCGGGGUCGAGGCUGGAUGGGCCAUUUGGAGUGUUAAUUGUGAAGAGUUGGACCUCGAUGGGCCUCCGAGAGAUGGCGGGUGGUCUGCUUGGUCACCAUGGCAUUGUACGGUCAAAUGUGGAGGGGGUGAAGGUUUUCGUACCCGGAAUUGCACGAACCCGAAACCCAACAUCUGGGGUAGAUUGUGUCCAGGGUCACACAAGGCCACUGGAAUUUGUAACGAUUUUGUGUGUGGGGACGUGAGUCCCACAACUUUGGAAAAAAUCAGAGGGAGGUUGCAAACGCAUCAGUUUAGUUUUGUCGUCAACGAAGGAAAAUCGUUGGUUUUGGAAAACGACCACGAAAUGUUGAAAAUUAUUGUGAAAGAGUCACCAGACGCAUAUUACGAGUGGACAUUAAAUGGGGUUUUUAUUCACCCGGAGGAAAAUCGGGUCGUUCAUCAAGGAGACGAUUUGGUUGUUAGAAAUGUAGACGUCGGGGAUUCCGGUGUAUAUGUUUGCAUGCUCUAUCGAGUCAAUAAAAAAAGAGUCGUGUUAAAAGUGAUUUCGGUGGCUGUAGUUAGUGAAGAUUACACUAUCAAAACUCGAGCCACUAGAUCGACCACAAUAUCUUGUAAAUCCGUCGUUUUGGGUUAUAUUUAUUCCGAUUUGAGUCUGAAGUUGUAUUUGAAUGACGAAGUGUACAAAGAUUUUGGGACGACGAUGUUAGCGGCGGUAAAUUCUGAGUUUUUUGACAAUUUGAACAUGUCGCACACUGGAGAUUGGAAAUGUGUCGUAGAACAAAAAGAUUUGAAGCUUUCGUGGGUUACCAAUUAUCUACGGAUGGAAGUGAAGAAGGCCCCCAACUUUUACACAAAUCUGAUGGAAGAUAACCUCACGAGACCUCUUUUCGGUUGGCUGUCCACAGAAGAAAACGUUUUUUAUGCGCUGGUUGCCAUUGUAGUGUUCGUUGUUAUUUCAGUGGUGUUAUUUUUGAUCAUGUAUUUUAAGUUUUGCACUCUGAAAUCACGAUGGCAAUAA